AGGUGAAAAGAUGGGGUGCUUCACCUUUAUCAAAGUCAUAAUGAUCCUCUUCAACCUGGCCAUAUUCCUUGGUGGCGGGACCCUCCUGGGAGUUGGCAUCUGGGUCACAGUGGAUGUACAGUCAUUCCUGGAUAUAUUUGGGGCGCUCUCCUCUAGCGUCCUGCAGGUUGUGAAUGUGAGCUACUUCCUUAUUGUCAUUGGUGCCAUCCUGCUGGCGAUCGGCUUCCUUGGGUGCUGCAGUGCCCAGAAGGAGAGCCAGUGUCUCCUGAUGAUGUUCUUCUCGGUGGUGCUGAUCAUCUUCAUUGCCGAAAUUGCUGCUGCCGUGGUGGCUCUGGUCUACACAAGUCUUGCAGAGACGCUGCUGACGGCUGUGGUGACCCCUGUCCUGAAGGAGAAGUAUGGGGCAGAUAAGAGUCUCACACACAUCUGGAAUGUCACCAUGACGGAGGUCCAUUGCUGUGGCCUGAAUAACUACACAGACUUCACCGACUCCCCCUGGCAUAAGGAACACAAUACCUACCCGGAGUCCUGCUGUGAUGAUAAACAGCCCUGCAACGACACACUCGCCGCAAGCAGUGAUGUCCCGGGUUGUUUCGCUCAGAUCUUGAAAGAAAUCAAGACUCAUGCAGGUGUGGUGGGUGGCGUGGCAGCCGGCAUCGCUGCCUUGGAGAUCGCGGCCAUGGUGGUUGCCAUGUACCUGUACUGCCGUCUGGAUCAGAAAUGA